UACAUAGAAAAGCUGAGCUGUUACGUUUGCUCAAUUUCUUUCGUUCCUGCUCUAAUUCUUACUUCUGUUCGAUAAAAAAUCAGAACCCAAAAACCCUAAUCAACCGUAUAGACUUUCUUUACUUCGCUUCUUCUCUUAAUUCAUCGUGAAUACUCAUGGCGGAUGCUUAUUGGAGGUAUAGCGACGGCAGGCAGCAGCCAGCGGCCCUUACUCCUCACGUGGUGAAACGGCCCCGUUCCGACUAUGAGAUCCCUAGCAGGCACGACUUGUCUGGCUACUAUGCCCGUGAGGAUGAUAGGGGAGGAUUGCGCGUUAUUAGAGAUACUGACUCCAUUAAUGCAUCAUAUGAUCGCUACCUGCGCAGCACGCAAAUGCCAUCAUAUGGUGGUGACUCAGGAAGAUCUAUGAGCAGUGGACUUGGUGGACAUCAUCAUGUUGAUGAUCCACGUGUCAUGGCAGUGGGAGGAUCAGAACCAGCAGCAAGUACAAAAAUCCGGUCUAUUGGGGUAGAAGCAGUGCAGCCAGAAAUUUCACUUCCUCCCGAUGCUAGCAGCACGUUGUUUGUAGAGGGCUUGCCUGCGAAUUGCACUCGCAGGGAAGUAUGCCAUAUAUUUCGCCCAUUCGUAGGAUAUAAAGAAGUAAGGCUUGUAACUAAAGAAUCAAGACACCCUGGGGGUGAUCCACUAGUGCUUUGCUUCGUUGAUUUUCAGAGUCCAGCUCAUGCAGCCACAGCGAUGGAUGCUUUACAAGAAUUCGUAAAAAGAGUAAUCCUUUGUUUUUAAUCGUCAUAUACUGUGUGUGAGAACAAAGAUUCCUUGAUCUUUUGGGGCAAUGGAACUUGAUGGGGGUUGUGGGAUAUCAGCUUCCAUUGAACAACUUGAAUAUAGUUAGUAAUGGCCUGCUAUGGGGCAAAUGACGAAUGGUGUGAGGCCAGGGCCAUUCUUCCCCAAUCUGUUUCUCAUGAACAAUUUGGCCAUAGUGCAAUGACAAUUGGCUUGGGCUAGAGCAGUUCUUAACAGGCCAAAAGCCAUUCUUCAGUGCCUUUUUUAAGGCGCGUGGUACACCCAUGGUGCUUUCUUUUGAAGAGAGACCAGUCAGUCGGAUUAUUUUGAUAGAAAGGGGGGAAGAGCUAAGAAGCCUCUCAACAGCUGCUCCAGUGUUUCUCUCUUAGCAUGUAUACCUUCCACUU